AUGAAUCAGAAAGCAAAUUUCCUUCGGCCUCAAAAACAACAGACAACAGCUUUCAAUACCCUCUCAAUGACCCAACGAGCCACCUUUGCCGACUCCCCCCAAACAUACCAGGCCACCCUACGCAGCCUCUUCACCGGCGACCCCCAAGACACCGAAACAGACCUAUCCAAGAUCUUUUCUCCCACGUUUCAUUUUACCGCCGCCGCCGAAAAGUACGACUUUGCUGGCUUUGUCGAGCACAUUCGGCGUCUGCGCGAGAUGAAGCUUUCUGUGGACCUCACGACGGUGGAGUUUCUGCGUGAUGGGGACCUGCUCGCCGAGCGACAUGUCUCGACCACGAUCUUACAGAGUGGGAAGAGGAUGUCCUCUGAGACCUUUAUGUUUGCCGGAAUUGCUGAGGAUGGUAGAAUCGAUUGGAUCAAGGAAGCCGUUCAGUCGAUUGAGGGAUGA